UACGUCGUCAUCACGUCAUGUCAUUUCAGCGCGAAAACAGCCGCGUGCCUCUUCUUCUUCGUUGGACAACUCCUCGUCCGGGGCAUCAUGGGAUAGUGAAGCGUCCAUCGUAUGCACACUGCAAAAUCUAACCGGAAGUAGUAGGUCAUCCGGGUACUUUUCGCAUACUGUUUUUCGAAUACUAUGUAUUCGGACAUACUACUCGCCUCGCCUACUGCUUUUCGCGUACUAUAUAUGUUGAUGAUGGAUGUGAUGUGCUGUAAAUCAGUAGGAACUGAUCUGUCCAUGCUGGAUAUUGAUGAUUUCAUGAGAGAAAUCUCUCAGCUGAAGAAAGAGGUGGCGUUACUGGAGACAAAGCUGAGAUUAAGAGGAGAUGAAGGACUGAAGAGAGAGGACUCCGAGCUCAGUCUGACUUUACUCUGUUAUACUGAGUCAAAGCACACAGACGCUCAGGACACUACAGUGUGUGACAGUAAUCAGGACUUACAGGAUGAUGAAUCUACUGAUCAAACCUCCACAGAGUCUCUGGAUUCUGUCUGUAACGCUGGAGAACAGCAGCAGAUCCUGCACACCAAACUCAACAUGUGUUCAGUCAAACUCAUCGACAGUGGAAACCAAACGGAGAUUAGAACAGAAGCCACAGCAGAUGAAUAUGAAGACAAACAUAAUGAUGGUCAUGAUUCUAUUCUCUCAGAUGUAAAGAGUGAAUUAUGUUUGGAUGGAGAAAUAACGUCCUCGACUCUUUCCUGCAUCACCGGUGGAGAGACAUUGAGCUCACAGAGACAUUUAAAGAGACAUGAAAGAAAACACACAGGAGAGAAACUCUUCACCUGCAGGAGAUGUAAGAUCAGCUUUACUACCUUACAAGAGAAGAAACUUCAUUCACAAGAGCACAGAGAGAAAAAGAAGAAGUUGUUUCACUGUGAGCAGUGUGGAGAGAAUUUUGGCUCCUUAUCUCAUCUGAGACUUCACAUGAGGACACACAAUGCUGAAAAGCCUUUCUACUGCACUGAAUGUGGCCAUUACUUCAGAACCAAAAACAGUCUUGAUUCUCAUAAGAGAAUUCACACAGGAGAAAAACCACACGAGUGUCCUUACUGUGAGAUGAGAUUCAGCCACAAAUCUAAUUUGAGGACACAUGUGUUUACACACACCAAAGACAGUCCAUAUCAGUGCAGUGAAUGUGGAAAAACCUUUAUGAAUUCAAGUCAAUUAAAAUCACACCAAAUACAACACACUAAAGAGAAACCCUUUCAAUGUUCACACUGUGAUAAACGUUUCAGUCGUAAAACUAAUCUUACAGCCCAUGAGAGACUUCACACUGGAGAGAAACUUAAUCAUUGUAGUGUCUGUGAGAAGAGUUUCAGUCGACGUGAAAAUUUAGUGACUCAUCAAAGAACUCAUACAGGUGAAAAACCUUAUCACUGUAAUAUCUGUGAGAAGAGUUUCAGUCGACGUGAACAUUUAGUGAAACACCAGAGAACUCAUACAGGCGAAAAACCUUACAAAUGCUCUCAGUGUGAGAAGACAUUUGCUUAUUCAUCUCACUUUAAAGACCAUCAGAGAGCUCAUACUGGAGAUAACCCUCAUCACUGUAAUGUUUGUGGGAAGAGUUUUGAUCAUAGAAGCAGUUUAGUGAGACACCAGAUAAUUCAUACAGGUGAAAAACCUUUCAAAUGCUCUCAUUGUGAGAAGACGUUUACGGAGUCAAGUCACCUUAAAUCUCAUCAGAGACUUCAUACAGGAGAGAAACCUUACAAAUGCUCUCAGUGUGAGAAGACGUUUGCUCAUUCAUCUCACUUUAAAUCUCAUCAGAGAGUUCAUACUGGAGAGAAACCUUACAUUUGCUUGAUCUGUGAGAAGAAAUUCACUCAUGCCAAAAGUCUUCAAAAUCAUCAGAAGGAACAUACUGAUGAACAAAUACACCAAGGUACUACUUUUGAUGAAGCGAUGGCUGCACUUCAGAAACACUUUGUGCCUAAAGUUAACGUGGUUGCAUGCCGACACACGUUCAGACAACGUGUGCCAAGAGCGGAUGAAUCUGUUACGCAAUACGUUGCCGCUUUACGAGCGUUAGCUGCCCCAUGUGCAUUCGGGGAAAUGGAGAGUGAAAUGCUCCGUGAUCAGUUGAUCGCAAAUGCGACGUUGACUGCAGUAAGGGACAAAUUACUAUUAGAGGACGACCUCACGCUGGAGAAGGCGAUUACAAUCGCAUGUCAAGUGGAAGCUGCGGUUAAAAAUUCGUCAUUGCUCUGUAAUUCCACUACUACUGCCAUGAAGUCGGUACAGGCUAUUAGUAUGCAUACUAAGUAUGGCAAAGGAGGAAAGGGCGCACGUUCAACUAAGCAGACACAUGUUGCUCAGAGACGAUCGGAGGAUCGAAAACAAACAACGGCCGGUCGACAUUGCUUCAGAUGCGGAUCGGACAAACAUCUGGCAAAUGAUAAAAACUGCCCUGCUGCUAAAGUGACAUGCAGACAUUGUGGAAAAAGAGGACACUUUGCUAAAGUGUGUAAAGCAGCAGUGAGUGAGGUAAGAGAAGUGGUAGUUCCAGAUGUGACUGUGCUCUGUGUGGAUAACGUACAAAAAUCGGUUACAACCGAUGAUAAGAUCACCUGUGAAGUGAACGUUGAAGUACCAAGAGGUCAUAAACAUAAGUUACAACUGGUUGUAGAUACGGGUGCAUCUGUUUCCAUACUUCCAGAAGACCUGUAUAAGAAACACUUCUCACAAUGCACACUGAGUAAGCCAAAAAUUAAACUAGUCACUUAUGCAAAAGAGAACCUACCAGUCAUUGGCUGCUUAUCAGCAUUAGUGGGUGUUUCAGAAAAUGACAAUGUAGUUCCAGCUACUUUUUAUGUAGUGACUGCAGGAUCUCCCUUGUUAGGGUUGGAUUUAAUAAGACUGCUAAACCUGAACAUUGUAAGUGGGAAAGUAAAACACAUAGACAAUGAAUGUGAAAUCUCAGCUGCACCUCUUCAUAUGACUCAGCAUUCUACAAGUCCUGUGUACAAAGUUUCACCUGUAUCUGCUACUCACCUGGGCUGUGUGAAAGGAUUUAUCCACAAAGUGCAAGUUAAUUCAACAGUGACACCAGUACGUCAAAAAUUGAGACGCUUACCUCUCAGCAUCCGCAAGGAGGUGUCCACUGAGCUUAAUCGUCUCCUCACAGCGGGCGUAAUCGAACCAGUCGAUGCUUCAGAAUGGGUUAGUCCGUUGGUUGUGGUACGUAAGCGUGAUGGACACAUUAGACUUUGUGUGGACCUUCGUGAACCCAAUAAAAGUGUGAUAAUGGAUUGCUACCCAUUACCCCACAUGGAUGAUUUAUUUACAGAACUUGCAGGUGCUUCACAUUACAGUCAAAUUGACCUUAGCUCUGCUUACCACCAGCUGCCUCUCCAUCCUGACAGUCGUAACCUGACAGCGUUCAUAACGCACGAAGGCCUUUUCCGUUUCACACGGGAGGCCCAUGAUAAGCACCUCCAAGAUGUCCGUCAAAGGCUAGAUGAGGCUGGCUUGCAGAUUAACUUUGAUAAAAGCUCUUUCAACCAAACAAGCAUUCCAUUCCUUGGUCACAUCAUUUCUAAAGAAGGACUACGUCCCAGCCCAGACCACCUCACUGCCAUUUCUGAAGCACCUCGACCUACGGAUAUGGUAGCGCUACGUUCGUUCCUAGGGCUCACGUCAUGGUUCAACAAAUUCCUUCCAAACUACGCUACUGUGGUUGAGCCACUGAGACAGAUGCUUAGAGCUGAUGCAAAAACGCCACUACAGUGGAGUAAAGAGACUGUUGGAAGCUUUGAAAUGCUUAAGAGAAUGCUGCUGGAGAGCCCUGUUCUUUCUAUUUAUGAUCCUUCCCUUUCCACAUUCAUUACUACAGACGCCUCAGAUUACGGCCUUGGUGCUGUUCUGACACAGCUACAUCCUGAUGGUGUCGAACGUGUGGUAGCUUUUGCAUCCAGGACGCUAUCAACAGCGGAACGGAAAUAUUCUACUGUGGAGAAGGAGGCGCUUGCAUGUGUUUGGGCGGUAGAAAAGUGGAGAACGUAUGUGUGGGGACAUCGUUUCACUCUAAGAACUGAUCGUCAGGCCCUGACCACUCUUCUCUCCACAAAGGGCAUGAAUAGAGCAGGCAUGAGGGUUGCUCGUUGGUCUGCUAGGCUUCUAUGCUUCCAGUAUGAUGUACAGUACCGUCCAGGUAGUAAAAAUUGUGUGGCGGAUUGUCUGUCCCGCAUGCCAUUGAGCCACACAGACACCACUGUAUCCAUUGAACAGGAUUUGAUUUCUGAAAUCGCAGAAAUUCAGCCCUUUCUGACUGCCUUGCCGCUAGUGGACUUCAAAGCUGAAUGCGAGGACUGUCCAGAACUGUCUCAGUUACGUCAGACAAUUCAAACAGGUUGGCCUAAAAUGCAAAAGUCUGUCUCUAGUGAUUUACGUCCUUACUUCCCAAUCAGAAAUGAACUGGCGGUUGAAUGUCCAUUGAUUUUCAGAGGGAAUCGUUUGAUUGUUCCUAUUGCACUGCGGGAACGCCUCACCCACUUGGCGCACGAGGGACAUCAGGGGCUGGUUCGUACCAAACAGCGUCUGAGAGAGCUGUAUUGGUGGCCGCAAAUGGACGAUCUUGUUCACACUAUACUGUCUUCAUGUGUGACCUGCCAGGCCAGUGACAAAUCGGCAAAAACAUUUCCAGCUCCAAUGCAGCCAGUGGAGUUCCCAAAAGGCCCAUUUCAACAUGUUGCUAUUGAUAUAGUAGGACCUUUCGAGAAGGGAGCUGUUGAUUGUAAGUUUGCAAUAACACUGAUUGACUAUUUCAGCAAAUGGCCAGAAGUUGGUUUUGCUUCUUCGGUUACAACAGAAACUGUUCUGAAAUUUCUGACCACUGUCUUUGCUCGAGAAGGAAACCCCUGCACCAUCACGACGGACAAUGGACCACAGUUCACUUCGUCUGAAUUUGCUGAUUUUGUGAAAACACAGGGAAUAAAGCACAUAAAGACCAGUGUUUAUCAUCCUCAGGCUAAUGGAGCCGUUGAAAGGUUCAACAGGGUGCUGAAAGAGUGUCUCCAAGCAGCUGAAGUGGCGCGUAAGCCCUGGAAAUCUGCAGUCCUGACCAUGCUGAAGAGCUAUCGAGCGACACCCCAUGCUACAACGGACUCAGCUUUGACUGACUGCUUAUUAGCCAACUGCCCAUCUGAAAUAACCACUACCUAUAACAACACCCUCACCAAUAUACUUGACACUCUAGCUCCUGUUAAAACUAGACUUGUGCCGUCUGCCCAUGUGUCACCUUGGUUUACUCCUGAACUUCGAGCAAUGAAGGCCAUUGGUCGCAGACUGGAAAGGCUACAUAAGAAAACUGGACUCACUUACAACAGGAGGCGCUCUGCAGCUCUUUACUCCACAUAUAAACCCACUAAAGAAAGAAAGAAACAGCUCGCGUGUGAUGUGUUUGUGUAUCCUAUUUUAGUGUUGAUGAUGGAUGUGAUGUGCUGUAAAUCAGUAGGAACUGAUCUGUCCAUGCUGGAUAUUGAUGAUUUCAUCACAGAAAUCUCUCAGCUGAAGAAAGAGGUGGCGUUACUGGAGACAAAGCUGAGGUUAAGAGGAGAUGAAGGACUGAAGAGAGAGGACUCCGAGCUCAGUCUGACUUUACUCUGUUAUACUGAGUCAAAGCACACAGACGCUCAGGACACUACAGUGUGUGACAGUAAUCAGGACUUACAGGAUGAGGAAUCUACUGAUCAAACCUCCACAGAGUCUCUGGAUUCUGUCUGUAACGCUGGAGAACAGCAGCAGAUCCUGCAGAACAAACUCAACAUGUGUUCAGUCAAACUCAUCGACAGUGGAAACCAAACUGAGAUUAAAACAGAACCCACAGAAUUAAAAAUUGAACCCACAGAUGACGACUAUGAAGACAAACAUAAUGAUGCUCAUGAUUUUAUUCUGUCAGAUGUGAGGAGUGAAUUAUGUUUGGAUGGAGAAAUAACGUCCUCAACAUCAGAAGAGCAGAAUCUCUUCACCUGCACAAGAUCUGAAUUCAGCUUUACUACCUUCCAAGUGAAGGAACUUCAUUCAGAAGAUCACAGAGAGAAAAGGCCGUUUCACUGUGAGCCAUGUGGGAAGGAUCUUUCUCCAGUAACGUCUCAUAUUAAUGCUCACAUCAAGACACACAGUGAUGAAAAGUCUUACUACUGCACUGAAUGUGGCUAUUACUUCAGCAGCAAACAAAGUCUUGAUGCUCACAAGAGAAUUCACACAGGAGAAAAACCAUACGAGUGUCCUCACUGUAAGAUGAGAUUCAGACACAAAUCAUGUAUGAAGAGACAUUCGCGUAUACACACCAAUGAGAGACCGUAUCAGUGCAGUGAAUGUGACAAAACCUUUAGGGAUUCAAGUAAAUUAAAAUCACACCAAAAUAUUCACUCUGGAGAGAAACGCUAUCAAUGUUCACACUGUGAUAAACGUUUCUGUAAGAAAGCUCAGCUGAUACGCCAUGGUAGAGUUCAUACUGGAGAGAAACCUUACGUCUGUAGUAUUUGUGGGAGGAGUUUUAAUAAACAUGACAAUUUAGUGAUACACCAGAGAACUCAUACAGGUGAAAAACCUUACAAAUGCUCUCAGUGUGAGAAGACGUUUGCUCAGUCAGGUUCCUUAAAAGCUCAUCUGAGAGUUCACACAGGAGAAAAACCUUACCAUUGCUCAAUCUGUGGAGAGAGAUUCUCACACCAUAGUGUCUUCAGACUUCAUCUGAGAGAUCAUACUGGAGAGAAACCUCAUCACUGUGAUGUUUGUGGGAAGAGUUUCAGUCGACAUGACAGCUUAGUGACACACCAGAGAACUCAUACAGGUGAAAAACCUUACAAAUGCCCUCGGUGUGGGAAGACGUUUAAUCAGUCAUGUAACUUAAAAGCCCAUCAGAGAGUUCACACUGGAGAGAAACCUCAUCAAUGCAGUAUUUGUGGGAAAAGUUUCAGUCGACAUGACAGCUUAGUGUCACACCAGAGAACUCAUACAGGUGAAAAACCUUUUAAAUGCUCUCAGUGUGAGAAGACGUUUGGUCAGUCAGGUUCCUUAAAAGCCCAUCAGAGACUUCACACUGGAGUGAAACCUCAUCACUGUAAUGUUUGUGAGAAAAGUUUCAGUCGACGUGAACAUUUAUUGAAACACCAAAGAACUCAUACAGGUUAAAAACUUAUGAACGCUCUCAGUGUGAGAUGUUUGCUAAGUCAAGUUACUUAAAAGUCCAUCAGAGAGUUCACACUGGAGACAAACCUUACAUCUGCUCAGUCUUAUAAUAUCUCAUAAUGUGACCCCUUCUGCGUCAUAUAUACAACCAGCACUGGGGAUUUUGCUGUACAUGGCAUGCCGUGGAUUAUCUCGUUUAACUUGUUAAACUUUUACAUUUGUGGUCCAUUUAUGCAUUCAGUGAUAUUUGGAAAUAUUUUAAUUUAAACAAAAGUAUGAAAAUUUCUAGAUAAUGGGGCAGGUUCCUGGACAGGGAUUAGACUAGUUCUAGACUAAAAUAAAUGUAAGAGCUUUACAAGAUGAAAAAAAAAUUGCACUGACAUAUUUUAAAAUACGUCAGUGCCAUUUGUUUAGCCUCAAAAUGCAUGCCAGUAAUGUUUUUAGUAAGGCACGUUGUUAAUUUUUUUUUAUAUUUCCUAAUUAAACUAAGGCCUAGUCCUGAUUUAAGAUAAUACCUGUCUGGGAGACCACCCCAUAAACAGACAAAACCCCAUGCAAAUUGUUUUAUGGUGCACGUUUAAAACACCUUCUGCCUUAUUAUUUAUUUAAGUUAGGCAAGGAUAGUCGGGCCUGCCUAUUUUUGUCUGUAAUAAGAACAAUAAUCACUCUACUCCAUCUAUCUGGCAGUCUAGUGAUAAAUGCUAUUAACACAAAUUGUCAGAUUUCCUCUAUAGGCCGUUUGGUACAGCUAAGGUUCUAAUAGAAGCAAGCAGACUUUUGUCUUUUAUAAGUUUAAUUAAUACAAUUUAGUGAUUGUACUUUUAUUUUUACUUAGUACAAAUAUCUGUUUUUUUUUAUUAAGUCUAAAACCCUAAAUUAAAUUAGACAAGCUGCACACUGUCAGGCACCAGAGGUCGCGUUCACUUUCUGUCAGACUCGUCAAAACAUCAUCCUUACGGACAAGUUGGCAAGUUCAAGUGUUCAAAUCCUAAAUUAAUAAAUGUAUUAUUUCAGUUAUUUUACACCGUUGUCUGUGUGUGUAUGAAUGUGUGAGUGAAUGUGAGGCUAAUUGUAAACCGCUUUGGAUGGCCAUAGGUCUGUUAAAAGUGCUAUAUAAAUGCAGUCCAUUUACCAUCAGUCCAUUUAAAAAACAAGCUAAGAGUCAAGAUUGAACUCCAACUAAAACAAACACUGAUCACCACAAUAGUGGUUUACAAUUUUUAAGAGAUGGUGAUAAAGAGGAUAAGGUUAAAGAUUGCAGCUUUUAAUUCUGCUUCAGUGUUACAUUUUAAAGAUUUAGAUAAUAUAUACCCAGUAAUGUUCAUUUAACACUUGGGAUUUUGCUGUGUAGCUCUGUGGAGGGAUUUCGUAGACAAAUGUGGGUUACUACAUUUGAAGAGGUUUGUAGGCUCUGUAGGAACUGCCUGUCCCUUGGAUUAUUCUGUACCUGUUUUUGCCUUUGUCUGCCUGGUUUGCCUAUGUUUGCCUAUUGCUCUCCUGUGUAUGACCUUUCGCCUGUUUUAUUGGAUUUAUGUUUGUGGAUUACCCUUUUAAUAAAAUCUGCAUUUGGAUUCUCAA